ACGCCCCCCCCCUCUCUCCGCCCGGAUAAAUUGCCGGCGAGGCUGGGGCGAGGCUGCGGAGCCGACGGGGCGAGUGGACCAGCUGGGCGCACUUGACGCACACGAGGCAGCCGCUCGCUCUCCUCCGACAGACUCUAGAAAGCAUUCAAGGCCAGACCAUGGCGGAAGAGAGCAGUGAUGCACAGCAGAAUGUGGUGGCCAGGGUUGCCAACCUUCCCCUGGUGAGCUCCACCUACGACAUGGUCUCCUCGGCUUACGUCAGCACGAAGGACAACCAUCCCUACCUGAAGUCUGUCUGCGAGAUGGCGGAGAAGGGAGUGAAGACCAUUACGGCAGUAGCCUUGACUGGCGCGCUGCCCAUCAUCCAAAAGCUGGAGCCACAAAUUGCAGUUGCCAACAGCUACGCUUGCUUAGGACUUGACAAAGUCGAGGAGAAGCUGCCAAUAUUGUAUCAACCAACUGAUAAGGUUGUCGUUAACGCGAUGGAUGCGAUUGUCGGCGCGAGGGAUGUCGUCGCAAUAACCGUGACUGGUGCCAAGGAUACUGUCGCACAAACCAUCAACGGAGUCGUCGACAAGACAAAAGGAGCCGUCCAGGACAGUGUGGAGUUGACCCGGUCAGUUGUCAGUGGGAGCAUUAACACCGUUCUGGGGAGCCGAGUUCUGCGUCUGGUGACCAGCGGGGUGGACACUGCACUCAGCAGAUCAGAGACCCUUGUAGACCAGUAUCUCCCACUUACGGAAGAAGAACUAGAGAAAGAAGCUACGAAAGUGGAAGGAUUUGAAGUUGGAGUUCAGAAGCCAAGUUACUACGUUAGACUAGGAUCUUUGUCUUCCAAGGUCCGAUCCCGUGCCUACCAGCAGGCCUUAAUCAAGGUUAGAGAUGCUAAGCUCAGAAGCCAAGAGACAAUCUCUCAACUUAACUCCACUGUCAAUCUGAUUGAAUAUGCCAGGAAGAAUAUGAGCAGUGCCAACCAGAAACUCCAAGAUGCCCAACAAAAAUUGUAUAAUUCCUGGGUAGAGUGGAGGAAAAACACAGGCCAAAAUGAGGAGGACGAUUCCCGCAGCGCUGAGUAUAUUGAAUCACGCACACUAACGAUUGCACGGAACCUGACCCAGCAGCUUCAAACCACCUGCGUCACCCUGGUGUCGAGUAUACAGGGUUUGCCACAGAAUAUCCAAGGCCAGGUCCACCACGUGGGGGAGAUGGCGGGCGAGGUCUACCGGAACUUCCGGUCGGCGUCUUCCUUCCAGGAAGUGUCCGACAGCCUCAUCACCACCAGCAAAGGGCAGCUGAAGAAAAUGAAGGAAUCUCUGGAUGACGUGAUGGAUUACCUUGUGAACAACACGCCCCUCAACUGGCUGGUUCCGGAUUUCGCUAUAACAGAUUUGUCUUCGGAAUCGGAUGAGAUUCCAGAUAUCUUGGCUUUGGACGAGGAAGGGCAGCAAGAUUAUUCACGCGCAAAUGGUCCAAUCACCACAGGCCAAAGAGUUGAAUAAACGCCGAGCACAAAACCCCCCCAAAACUAAUACUUUUGAUUCAAUGAAUAUAUGUUUAUACCCCAACCUUAUCCUCCUGCUUUUUGGAGAGGAGUUACUUAGCUCUUGGGGAGUACUGGAAUUGUUUUUAUCACUUUUGCUUCAUUUAGAUUGAUCAAAACUCUGACCUUGUGAAAAAAUAUUAUGGAGCGCACAUUAGUAUAACCUAUUAGCAUGGGGGAGUGGACUGUUUUUUGUCCUCCGUGCCAGUUAAAUGUAUUCAACUGGUCAACAAUAUCCAUUUAAGUCUGUAUCAGAGUUUGGGCAGCAGUUGCUUCUGAAGCCACAUCUCUGCUGCUUUGACAUGGGAUCCUGUCUGAAAGAAGAUUUGCCGAUUUCACUUCAUCUGUAAAUACUUCCGUGUUUCUCCAUCAACAGCUUUACCUACCAGGAAGAAAAGAAUGCAACCAUUUCUCGUCUUUUUCUGUUUCGCUGUGAUGUAUCUGCAUGGCUCCGUACCAAAUGUUGAAAAACAGGUGCUCUUUUGAGUUCUAAUGCAAUGGAUGAGCUCAGUGCUGCUUGCUUUUCUACAAUUAUGUUCUCAGUAAGGUGAUAAACCUGUUCCUGGGUCGCACCAUUUUAGACUAUGGGAAAAGGACCAAAAUGCUCCUCCAUACAAAGCAAAUAUUUGCAUGUAGAAAUCUUAGCACAUCACAGAGGAGGCUGAACUAGGACCGUCCUUCCGGAUACCUAAUUUUGUUUUUCUGUGGAAGAGCAGUCAUGUGAGCUCUCCACUUGCACCCAUAAGCGGUACAGCCCAGGGACAGAAAGAAUUAGGCUUUGCAGUAGGGGAACCUGUGCUCCUUUCCGAUGUUUUGGACCAUAUCUCCCAUCAUCCCUUUCCACUGGCCAGGCUGGUUGAGGUUGGUGGCAGUUGGGAG